UUUAAAUUAGUGCUCUGUAUAUAAGCUUUAAAUCUACUCGAUCCUAUAAAACACAGUAUAAUGGGGGGGUUUCAGUGUACCGGUAUACCGGAGUCAGUCUCGGACUGAACGGUACUUCAGAGCUGCUUCCAGAAGUCUCUCACGAGCGCUGGACUUGAAGCGCUGACCAAUCAAUCACGGCGCUUCGUGGGGCCACUCACGCGCGCCGGACAUCGGACGCUGACCAAUCAGGACGCUUUUAGAAGCACUUUUUUUUUUAUCAAUCGAGCGCUGACCGAUAAACCAAUAACCACACGGAGGAUAUUUUCACGUGCAGCAGUUUUCUUUCACGGACCAAUCAGAGCGAGUCAGACAAAUCGAGGGGUGUGGUCAUGGAGAGCGAAAGAAAAGAAUAAAGCCCACUCUGCUGGGAAAGGGGCGUGGCCUGUCUGGAGCUUUUCUCUUCCCCCCCUCCCCCUCCUCCUCAUCACUUUAUUUUGUGCGCGAGCGGUGCGGAGACCGGGGCGCGAGCCGCCCGUGACGGUGGGAACAGUGAGCGCGUGACCGCUUUCGUGUUGAGACAGACAGAGAGAGACAGAGACAGAGAGACAGGCGGGCGGUAGCGGCGGUGGUGACGGUGGUGGAAGCAGCGGCUCUCGGAAGGGUUUAAUCACGGACUUUAAAGCCUGAUGCUCGGUGUAACCGGAGCUCCGCUUCUCCCUCCUCUUCUUCUGUUUCUCAUUCUUCUCCCUCCACCCCGAUGACGUCAUGUUCGAUGCCAGCGCGUGGAGGGUCCGCAGCAUCUGGGACGGUGUAAAGCUCGAGGUGGUGGAUCAUGAAGGUCCAGUGGUGCUGCACAGCUUCACACAUCUGGACCCCGAGCUUUCACUGCUCGAGAAUGCGACUCAGGAGCUGGGGGAGGAGGUGGAGGACGGCGCGGUGUUCUCCAUCUCGGUGCGCAGGGUGCAGGUGCAGCCGUCGGUCAGUAAGGGGCAGCGGUGGCUGGGCGUGGACUCGGACUCGGCGCUGAGUCUGUACGAGACGAGUAAACUGCGCACCAUCAAGGCGGGGACGCUGGAGAGACUGGUGGAGUACAUGGUCUCCUCGUUCAGGGAGAACGACUCCACCUACGUCACCAUCUUCCUCUGUACAUAUCGCUCGUUUACCACCACCAACCAGGUGCUCGACCUCCUGCUCAACAGAUAUGCGAAACUGCAGCCGGGGUCAGAAGGUCACAGACUCACACAUGAUGACCGCACUGAGCUCAGGAACACCAUCUCCUCGAUCCUGGGGGCGUGGCUUGAUCAGUACUCCGAGGAUUUCUGGAAGCCGCCGGAAUACAGCUGCCUCAGACGUCUGAUCUCAUACCUGCACGUCAACUUCCCCGGAUCAGACCUGGAACGCCGGGCGUGCAACCUGCUCACACACUUCCACCGCAGGCUACAGCAGGAACCUGAGCCUGAGGUGCUGGAUCAUGGGUCGUAUCACUUCUCAGUCCUGGAAGAGAACGGUUAUGAGGACGAUCGUCCAGAUUUUCUGACCUUUGACCCCACAGUGGUGGCCGAACAGUUCACUCUCAUGGAUGCGGAGCUGUUUAAGAAGGUGGUGCCGUACCAUUGUCUGGGCAGCAUCUGGUCUCAAAGGGAUAAGAAAGGAAAAGAACAUCUGGCUCCCACCAUCCGUGCCACCGUCACUCAGUUCAACUGUGUGACCAACUGCGUGAUUUCCACCUGCCUGAGUGACCGCUCGCUCAAACACACACACCGCGCCAAAGUGCUCGAGCGCUGGAUCGAGGUGGCCCGGGAAUGUCGGAUCCUGAAGAACUUCUCGUCUCUGAGGGCGAUCCUCUCAGCGCUGCAGUGUAACGCCGUCCACCGGCUAAAGAGGACGUGGGACGAGGUGUCACGAGAGAACGUUCGCAUCUUCCACGAGCUCUCCGAGAUCUUCUCUGACGAGAACAACCACUCACUCAGCCGAGAGCUGCUCAUUAAGGAAGGAACGUCCAAAUUUGCUACGUUGGAGAUCAACCCGAAGAGAGCACAGAAGAGGCAGCAGCAGCCCAGAGAUCUGAGUGUAAUGCAGGGCACCAUCCCGUAUCUGGGCACCUUCCUAACAGAUUUAGUGAUGAUGGACACGGCCAUGAAGGACUACGUGGAUGGUGGUCUGAUAAACUUUGAGAAGAGGAGGAAGGAGUUUGAGGUAAUCGCUCAGAUUAAGUUGCUGCAGUUGGGUAAUAACUAUAACUUCAGGAGGAACGCUCGCUUCAGAGAAUGGUUCAGCAUUGUGGAGAAACUCACUGAGGCUGAGAGCUACAGUUUAUCAUGUGAAAUUGAGCCUCUAUCUGAGUCGGCUUCUAACACACUGAGGGCAAAAAAGAACACUGGGAUCAUUAAACGCUGGAGCGAUCGUCAGCCGGUGAGUUCUGAAGCGAGCUGCAGCAGUGCAGGAAGUUCUCAUUCUAAAUCGUUCGAUCAGCUGCGCUACCCGUCAUGUAUUAGCAGUAGUGGAGGAGGAGCGGAGAGAGAUGACAGGAGAGGAGGAGAGAGAGGAGAAAGAGGAGAAAGAGGAGACGACUCGCUCAGCGUCACCUCCGCCGGCUCCAGCAGCUCAGAUGUGGAGGAGAUCAACAUCAGCUUCAUCUCUGAUUCCCCCGACACACACGAGAAGAAGACGUCGACGCCGUGUGUAAAACAUUCCCACUCUUCGUUAGGGAAGUGCGGCCCCAUGGGAGAUCUGACACCCACGUUCUGGGAGUCCACGUCUCUCUCGUCUCUGGACGCUGCAUCAGGAUCAGGUUCUAGCAGUGCCUCGUCUUCCUCGGUCUCAUCCACUCCGCACACGUCCACCCCACACUCGUCCUCCCGCUCGCACAAGCGCUCCGUCUCGGGCGUGUCCAGCUACUCAUCCCUCUCUCUGCCUCUCUACAACCAGCAGGUGGACGACUGCUGCAUCAUCAGAGUGAGUUUGGACGUGGAGAACGGAAACAUGUACAAGAGCAUCCUGGUGACGAGUCAGGAUAAAACCCCUGCAGUGAUCAGAAAGGCGAUGGUGAAACACAACCUGGAUCGAGAAAGACCUGAGGAGUAUGAACUGGUACAGAAAAUCAGUGAGGAUAAAGAGCUGAAGAUUCCGGACAACGCGAACGUAUUUUACGCCAUGAACUCAUCAGCUAACUACGACUUCGUGCUGAAGAAACGCGGCUUCCCCCGAGUGAGCCGCACCAAACACGUCGCGAGCUCCACGCUGCCUCGCAUGAAGCAGAAAGGCCUGAGGAUCGCUAAGGGCAUCUUCUGAAAACUCCCAUAAUCCCACAGGGCUUGUGGCUACGUCAAGCCUUAAAGACUGGGAGGGGAAUAAACGUCACUGCCAGCUCCAGGGAGGCGUUUAAACGCGACGCUGCUGCUGCGCUCACGUUUACAGACUCCUGAGAGGCGCCUUCUAGCGGCGAGGUCACUUCCUGUGCCGUCUGUGAAGGGGGUGGGAUCACUUCCUGAGUUGCUAUCAAAAGGGUCACUUCCUGUUUGAGCGCUGUGAGACAGCCUUCACUGCCAGAUCAAGGACGGCUCAGAGUGGCGGACACGUGACCUGGUGUUACUUUUAAAAGCGUCUUAAAACAAAACGACGCGCUUCAUGUUCCGAGCGAAAGUUCAGUGAACGCGAGUUGAGCGCUCGUCCUGGCGUCCGGUCUUUACAUUUCACAGAAACUAACGAGACGGAGGAACGUGCUGAGUUUUUCUGGACUUUUUUCAGCUCUUUAAAUGAAAACGAAGAUAUUUUUUGUCUCGUGUCUACGCUCAUGCGUCUUUUUUUGUUUAAAAAGGGCAUUACAGCUAACGACGAACAACAGAACACUCCUCACACUCCACUCUUCUCCACCUUCUCCGGACUGCAAGACCUCUAACCUUCAGCUCAGUCUGCUAAAUAUCUGUUUUUAUUUUACAAUUGCGUAUCAACAGACGCUUCAGGUUAGCUAGCAUUUCUUUCAUUUCAUCAAUUAAUGGCAGUAUUGUAAAUAACAAAUAGGAGUACGCUAGCUAGCCGUGCAAAUUCAUCAUCACCGCUACUGCUAGAUCAUUCACACGUUGCACAUUUAAAACAGAAAGUAAAUAAAAAAAGAAUUAAGGUGGAUAAUGUAUAGUAACACUAAUAAAAUAAAAAGCUCCACAUGCUCUAACCAGACUGUACCACUAGGGGGAGUUAAAGCACUAGUGCAAGUUCUUCACAACAACAAAAAAAACGCAACAUUGGCAUCGAUAUUUAUUUGACAAUAAAUUUGUUUUGUUUUACACCCGAAAGCGUCUUACAGUCCGGAAAAAACGCAUUGUCCUCGCGUCUCGUUUAUUAUUGCGUGUUUUUUGCUUUUCCUUCCCUCUAAUUGGUGCUAAUUAACGCUGAGGCCGUCCUGCAGGUGAAAUCGCAGGUGAUCGUUUUAGAGCCUAUCGAUGCUAAAGAAGUCGAACAGACGAGGCUGAGAGUGCAGGGGUCAGAAACGUGUCUGUGCCGGAAAAAAAGAAUGAAAUAAAAAAAAUGGUAGCACAAAUUUUUUUUCCAGGACAGAUGUUACUACUAACGAGCCAAAUCUCUUUUUUUUUCUUGGACAUUAGUUUAAAAAUUUUUGUACAAAAAAAAAGACUUUUAAAGUAAAAUUGAACGUAACGUAAUAACUGCAUUAUGAAUGAAUUAACAAAUGAACGUAAUGAAUGUAUCAUAUCGCUACGACGUGUGUCCUUACGACCCUUUCACGUCACAUCGCGUAACGUCACGGCGAUGACCCCUGCUGACACGCUAGCAUGCUACUCAACGUGCAAAGCCAGAGCCAACGCGAUCGAUCACAGGGAACGCCGACCUGCGCCGUGGUUAUGGCGACUUCCUGCCAAGUCUCUCGGAGCCACGUGAUUGGUCGAUCUGGAAACGAUUGGAAAAAUUUCUUUUUUGAAAAUAAAAGCGAUUCUUUGUGAAUGAAAUUUGUUUGAACUCAAACGUGGAACACGAGAAUAAAACCUGCUGACAUGAAAUAAACACACUAACGGGAGGGCGAGAGAACAGAAACAGUAUAAUCUAAUCAGUUUGUUGUGAUGUCAUAAUCUUUAGAAAUCGGGCUGCUCUAAAACACCAAGCUGACCAGGAACUUGGAGUCAUCGUGGGCGUGUCUCUCAUUGUCAGGCAGCUCUCUGAUUGGCUAAAUAGAAUCUGUAAAACGAUUUAAAAAAUGAACAUUUUCUUAGAAAUAUAUGAUCAAAGUAUUAAAAAUUUUAUGAACCUUUAAUAGUGUGGCAAUAAGUUGAAGGUAAGAUAUUUUUGGCCUGUGUCCCAAAUUGCAUACUACUGCUUUAAAUAGCACUGCACUGAGUAGUACAGUUCUGUAGGAUCCUGUUACAAAUCUUUAUUUAGUGGAAACAUAAAGAAUCCUGUUACAACUUGCUUACCUCCACUUUAAAUAUGGAAACAGUACUGCAGCACAAGAAGAAUAUGCUCCAAAAUGCUUACUGCUGCUUUAAGUCUGGAAAAACUAGUAGUGCAUUAGAGGAUUGUGUUUCAGAAUCCAGUGCAGUGAGUAGAGUAGUUCAGCAGCACUUUAACUUACUGUUAACAAUAACAAUUAGGUCAGUUUGCUUCAGUACAGUUCUAUAGGAUUCUGCUACAGUUUGCAUACUGCUGCUUUAAAAAUCAUGUCACUGAGUAGAACAUUAUAGGUACUAUUAUGACAUAUUUAGUACAGUAUAAAAAUGAGUACCAAAGUACAAAUUGCCGCUUUAAAUAGUGUGGCAUUAAGUAGACAGUACUGAUGUAACAGCUGCUAGACACCGAUUAGACACGGACACUGAAAACGCUGCAAGUUACAUACUGCCGCUUUAACUAGCGUGACACUAAUAGAACAUCAAAUGAAGAGGUCGCUGCCCCCUGUUGGUGUGGAGAGUUGUUUACUUUAAUAAAGGUCAGCUUGGUGUGUUACAGUCCUUAGUGGGAGUGUGUGUUUUGUAGGACAUUACGUAGUUUUGAAGAGACUGAAGAUCUGAAACGUGAGCUAAAGACUGAAUGUUUGUACAAUCCUGUACACUCCCUUUAAAGUCAAGAUGAAGAUUUCGGACCCCACAUCUACCGAGAUUUCAGCAACUGUGUGAUUUUGCAUGUGUGUGUGUGUGUGUGUGUGUGUGUGUGUGUGUGUGUGUGUGAAUUAUAUGUGGCAAAAAAGGGCCAAAGAUCUUACAGAUCAUUUUACAGAAAUAUCAUGUAACACUUAAUGACUCAUGAACAAUGCCUGUUCACGAGAACACACAUAUACACACACACACACACUUUAUAUAGAAUGAACAAACUUCAUGUCAUACCCACACACACUCAUACACUCAUCAUGCUGGUGUCAUUGCGCUUUUUACUUAAAAAGAAAAAGAACUAACAAUAUAACGAUUUUUUUAGGUUCAUUUUGUAAUUUUUGUACAUUAAAUAUUCGUUGUAGCUUGGCUUUUGUUUUCUCUGUGAGUGUGUGUGUGUGUGUGUGUGUGUGUGUGCGGAUGCUCGCUCCACUAUUUAUUAAAUUUGUAAAUACUUUUUUGCAGCAUUGUACAUUUUGUUUUUUCUUCUCCUUGUAAUUUACAAAUGAAUAUAUAUGUAAAUAUUGAGUAUAUACGGCUGCGAGGUUUCUAUACCGCUGUAACUCCAACUCUCCAUCCACUUCCUGUUCUCCGUUUGUCUCGUGUCGAUUUUUUUGUACGACGGUUUUCAUUUUGAUAUUGCCACCCCACGCCCACCUGACUUUACUGUUUCUAGUGUUGGAGAGAAAAAACACCUAUUAAACAGAGUGUGUAAUAAAA